ACACAAAGAACCAAAAGAUUCAUUUGUCGCCCGACAUCUUAUAUAUGGAAACAUAGCAGCAGAUUAUAUAUAUAUGGCCCCAAUUUUCCACUACAGACUGAAAUUAGGGUUUUUGAGUUUCAAUCAAUCAAUUCUCUCCUAUCCGAAUUUGUGAUAAUCGGAUCUGUUUUUCAGCAUUUUUUUUCCCGAGUGGCGAAGAAGCAUAAAGACGCGGAUUUUGUUGAUCGUUGAAUCAGUGUCUGCAUCAGUCAUCAACUGAUGCGAUUGGACCUGUGAUGGCGAACAAGUUCAAUUCGGGCGACAAUAGAACCAGAAAUUCUGUAUCUAUUUUCAUCAUAGCAGGCUUAUGCUGUUUCUUCUACUUACUCGGAGCAUGGCAGAGAAGUGGAUUCGGUAAAGGUGACAGCAUUGCAUUAGAAAUAACCAAAACGAGCACUAACUGCAACAUCCUCCCAAACCUCAAUUUCGAAACCCACCACGGCAAUGAAGCCGGAAUAUUCUCCGAUUCCGAUUCCGAUUCCAAACCCACAGUUUACAAGCCAUGCCACAAAAAAUACACCGAUUACACCCCUUGCCAAGAUCAAAGGCGAGCCAUGACUUUCUCAAGAGAAAGCAUGAUUUACCGUGAACGCCACUGCCCUUUGCAAAAAGACAAGCUGCAUUGCCUUAUUCCAGCUCCUAAAGGUUACGUAACCCCGUUUCCAUGGCCUAAAAGCCGUGAUUAUGUACCCUACGCAAACGCUCCUUACAAAAGCUUGACCGUGGAAAAGGCUAUACAGAACUGGAUUCAAUACGAGGGCAAUGUAUUUAGAUUUCCAGGUGGAGGAACUCAGUUUCCUCAAGGUGCAGAUAAGUACAUUGACCAACUUGCUUCGGUUAUUCCGAUUGCAAACGGAACUGUUAGGACUGCUUUGGACACUGGCUGUGGGGUUGCUAGUUGGGGUGCGUACCUAUGGAAAAGAAACGUUAUAGCAAUGUCGUUUGCACCUAGAGAUUCGCAUGAGGCACAGGUUCAAUUUGCUCUUGAGAGGGGUGUGCCAGCUGUCAUUGGUGUUCUUGGAACUGUGAAGAUUCCUUACCCGUCGAGUGCGUUUGACAUGGCUCAUUGUUCGCGUUGUCUUAUACCUUGGGGGGUUAAUGAUGGAUUGUAUAUGAAGGAAGUUGAUCGUGUGCUUAGACCAGGUGGUUAUUGGGUUCUUUCUGGUCCUCCGAUUAAUUGGAAGAUUAAUUACAAAGCAUGGCAGCGACCAAUGGAAGAGCUUCAAGAAGAACAGAGGAAAAUUGAAGAAGUUGCGAAACUUUUAUGCUGGGAGAAGAAAUCCGAGAAGGGUGAAAUAGCAAUUUGGCAGAAGUCGAUGGAUACCGAUUCCUGUCGUUCUGCACAAGAAAAUUCCGGAGCAGAAUUCUGUAAAUCGGAAGAUGCUGAUAAUGUCUGGUACAAGAAAAUGGAGCAGUGUAUUACUCCGAAUAAUAACAAUGCUAACAGUGAUUUAAAGCCAUUUCCCGAGAGGCUUUAUGCCGUUCCACCGAGAAUUGCAAGUGGCUCGAUUAGUGGAGUUUCCGUUGAAGCAUAUUUGGAAGAUAAUAAGCAAUGGAAAAAACAUGUAAACGCGUAUAGAAAGAUUAACAAGAUUAUUGAUUCCGGAAGGUACCGGAACAUUAUGGAUAUGAAUGCUGGAUUGGGUGGUUUUGCUGCUGCACUUCAAUCUCCGAAAUUGUGGGUUAUGAAUGUUGUACCUACUAUUGCCAAGAAAAAUACUCUCGGUGUUGUAUAUGAACGAGGAUUGAUUGGCAUUUAUCAUGACUGGUGUGAAGGCUUUUCGACAUAUCCAAGGACAUACGAUCUUAUCCAUGCUAAUGGUGUCUUUAGCUUGUACAACGAUAAGUGUAAUUUCGAAGAUAUUUUAUUGGAGAUGGAUCGAAUUUUACGGCCCGAAGGUGCGGUUAUAUUCCGGGAUGAAGUUGAUGUGCUUGUGAAGGUGAAGAAAAUAAUCGGGGGUAUGAGAUGGGAUUCUAAGAUGAUCGAUCACGAGGAUGGUCCUCUUGUUCCCGAGAAAAUAUUGGUUGUGGUCAAGCAAUACUGGGUUGGAAACUCCACUUCCGAGCAGUGAAAAGUCUAAAAUGCCCUUCUGUGCCAUGAUUUUUCAAGAGAGGGUUCUUUGAUCUUCUUACACAAGGUCCAAAGGAUGCACAUAUUUGACCAGGGAUUGAUUGGUCUCUAGUUUAUAGGUUGAAACUGUUGUAACACAAAAUGUUAUUUAUUGAAAUCCCAGUUGAGAUUUUUAACUUUCUUUAUAGUAGAGAAAAAAACUGAGUUUCUGUAUGAUAUAAUUACCCUAGUAAUGUACCAAUGUUAUUGUGCAAUUUGCAUUAAAACAGAGUUCCAGAUUUUCGGACAAU